AAAAUGCCUCGUCUUUGGUUAGCCAAUAUUUUUUCUAAAAUUGGUUUAAAUAUUGGGAAAUACCCAUUUACGAGUAUUUUAAUAUUUAUUUUAACAACUUUAUUACCUUUAAUUCUUGGAAUAUUUUUUGGAGUAAAACCAGAACUUUCCUUAAAUGAUGGAUUUAUAUCUUUCGAUUCUCCUUCAAAAAAAGAAUUGUUGGCACAAAAAUAUUUUUUUGGAGAAACUGAAAAAUCAAAAGAAUGGUAUAUGGCAUUGUUUGGUAUUGCUAAUAAUGAAAUAAAUGGAGAUAAAGGAGGGAAUAUGUUGGAGGAGUCUAAUUAUAGAGAAUUUAAUUCUUUUUAUCAACAAAUUUUUAAUAAUUUGAAAAUUAAGGAUUUUAAAAAUUUAACUUACUCACAAAUUUGUAAUCCUUUUUGUGAUAUUAAUGACCAAUUUCUUAAAUUAAUGGAAUAUUCUACUUCGUGGCUAUCUUCUUUAGGUCAAGUUAAAUUUAGUUAUCCAAUUAGUAAAGUUCUUGGUUAUGAUGUUAAUAUUGGUAAACAUAUAUUUAAUCGUUCAAUUAAUGAAAAAGGAGAAAUAAUUAAUGCUACAAUGGUUGCCUUAUAUUUUAGUACAUUUAUUAACGAUAAUUCAACAAAAUUGUUUUUAAAUAAAUUUGAAGAAAAAGUUGCUGAAGAAGCUGAAAUAUUUAAUAAUUUAAAUAAAAAUAAUAUAAAAAUUAUUGUUCAUGGUUCAAAUGUUGUACAAAAAGAAAUUGAAAGGGGAAUAAUAAAUGAUGGAAAAAUUGCUUUAAUUUCAUUUUUAAUUUCAAUAUUCUUCUUUAUUUUAAUCCAUUCAAUUUCUGGAUAUAUUUAUUCACAAUUUACUUUAAAUAGAACAUUAAUUUCUUUAUUGUGUAUUCCCUCUAUUAUUUUAAUUUUAUUGGCUAUUUUUGGAGGAAUUUCUUUAUUUGGAUUUCCAAUUAAUUUAUUACAUUUUAGUACUCCUUUAAUUGGAUUAACGAUUUUAAAUAUUGCUCAUGGUACUUUCCAAUUGGGAGAUAUUUGGUGUAAAUUAUUAAAUGAAUCCAAAGAAAGGCAAUAUUCUUCAAAUGAAAGAUUGGCUAAAGUUUUUGAAAAAAUUGGCCCUUCAAUGUUUUAUUCUUCUCUUUGGCCAAUUUCAGCAUUUUCAAUUCUUUCCCUAACAUUAACAGCAAUAAACUACAAAUCUUUAUUUUUGGCAAUAACCCUUUUAUUUAUUUAUUGCUUUUUAUUUAAAAUAUUAUUUUUUUCUCCUUUAUUGGCUUAUUAUUGUCAUCAUUCCGUUGAACAUUCUCUUUUAGAGAAUAGUCCUUAUUCUUUAUUUAAUUUAAAUUCAAAAGAAAUACUAAAUAAAAAUAAUAAUUUAUUGCCGCCAACAAUUCAACAAUUACGUUCUAAAAAAGAAAAUAAAUUAAAUAAAAAUAAAUUAAAAUUAUUUAAAAAUUCAAAAAAAAUAUUAGUUAAUGGAGAAAAAAUAUUUUCAAAUUUUUUAAUUAAUUCAUUUAAUGGCCGCUGUUUUAUUUUAUUAAUAACAAUUUUAUUUUUAUUUUUGUCUUUUUGGAAAGGAAUUCCUUCAAUUCAAAAUAAUAUGGAUUAUAGGGAAAUAUUACCUAAAGAAUCUAAAGCAAUUAAAGGUUUUGAUAUCAUGGAUUUAAUUUGGAAUGAUUUGUUACAAAUUUUGUUUAUUAUACAAAACCCUCCAAAUUUUGAAGAUUCUGAACAAUUUGGAGAAUUUAAAGAAUUCCUUCAUGAAGCUACUUUAUUAAAUCAAACUCUCCAGCCUUCAGCACAUAUGUCCUGGCUUUUUGAUUAUUACAAAGACAAAUUUAACCAAAAUAUUUUACAAAAUAUUAAAAUAAAUAAUUCAAAAUUUAAUUUUGUAAAUAUGUCUAAAUUUGAUUCAUUUAUUAAUAAUUUUCCAUAUAAUGCUUGGAAAAGUGGAGUUCGCUAUAAAAUAUUUUUUGAUGAAAAUAAAAAUAAAAGUUCUGUAAUAAUUAAUAAAAUGUUAAUUUUAUUUGCUUAUGGAAAUACUAAAGGUUUAUCUGGUAAAAGAAAAUUAAUUAAUGAAUGCCGUUCUGUUGCUAAACGAUAUCCACAAUUUAAAAUAAAUAUAUUUGACACUGAUUUAAAAACUACAGAUUUAAUGAAUUUAAUUGAAAUAAUUAGUUUUAGGUAUUUUUUAAAAUUAUUUUUUAAUUUAAAUUUUAAAGAUUAUUAUUAUUUUUAUUUAUUUCUUUAAUUAUUUGUAUUAUUUUAAUUAUCAAUUGGAAUUUUAUUUUAACAAUUAUUUCUAUUAUUUCAACAAUUUCUUUAUUUUCAAUGAUUUUUGGAUUUUCCAAAAUUUUAUUUAAUUUUCAAAUUGAUUUUAUAACAACGCCAACAAUUAUUUUAAUAGCUAUUU